AGGGUCUGUAGUUGGGGAGCGGGUCCACCGCCAAAUUCAAACACAGAAAGACUUCCCGUUGACUACUACAGUUAGACGUUUCUCCAGGAGACACACAGAGAGGGAACAAACAACUUUACAAGCUUCAGCAUGUCGUCGUCGGUGAUGAGUGGCGUGGCGGUGUGGAGGGCUCACAGCGUUCUGGAGGAGUCAGACGGGGGCGAGUCCAGCUCCCCUGAGGCACCCCCCCCUGACCGCUUCAGGAAGCUACGCUCCUCCUCCUCUCUCAACUCCCUCCGCAUGUCUCUGAAGAAGAGGCUUCCGCUGCGCUCUGUACAGACCAACUCCCUGCCAGACCCUGAGCUGACCCCUGACCCCACCUGGGAGAGUUUGCAGGCCAAUCAGAAGACCAACGCUGUCUGCCAGCUCACACGCAGCGCACGCAGCCACAUCGGGGGAGUGUACCAGAAGCUUCAGAGGAACAGAGCAGUGGUACAGGAUCAGGAGGAGUGUUUGGUGGCGACACCUGGCCAGGUGUGUGAGGGGGGAGAGAACAACGAGGGGGUCACCUCCCGUACACCCAGGCGCACCCCCGUCCGUUCCACCACACUCAUACCUACAACAACCCCCAGUCGCACCCCCAGAGCCACCGCGCCCAAACGCACCCCUGCCUCAGGCCGCAGGGGGAGGAGACCCCCAGGGCGAAGUCCUGAGGUGACAGGGGUGAAGAACGUGGGAGGGAGGAGGCAGCUGGUUCGGAUGGCUGCACUACGAAGCCCCUUCGCAUCUCCUAACACUCAGAGCCUCAGACGGAAGUUUGGCCGGGACCUGGAGAGUGUGUCCAGCGGUCUCAGGAAGCUGAAACGUCUGUCCCACGCCUUUGAUGAUGUCAUAGGGAGAGACGACCGCAGAACCUUCAACUACUCUCUAAUUGCAGAGUGAAUAUGCAGGUCCUGUGCAGCAGAGCGUUAUGGAGGGGUGAGGAGGUUGGACCCCAGCGGGAGGCUGGGCUGCUCUUUCACAGAGCCAAACGCCUCCUACUAGCUCAGUCUCACGUCAGAAUUAGACGUUGAUCCAUGUUUCUCAAACGUCAAAUUGCAAAGUUUUUUAAAAGAUUGAGUUUAGGCAUUUAACUCAAAUGUGUAAGAUUUAGGGUUAAGUUCAGGCUGGUUUCCCCCCUCAGCUCCCGACGUCCUCAGACAUAGAUGGACGUCGGAUACUGACUGGUAUCACGGGGGACCUGGUUCACCUUGCAGUCCUCAAGCCACACUGAACCCCACAUACCUUCCUGUUACAGUGUGUUGGUGUGAGGAAUAUGUAUCUUUCCAUAUUCUAGAUGUACAGUUACAGCCAAAUAGAUUGGCAUCCUUGCAACUUCUCUUAAAUAAUUCCCUUUUUCUUCUCUUAAGUUAAUGUUUGAAAUUGGAUUGUCAACAUUGCAGAACAUAUGUUUGUUUUGUUGCUAGUACUUGUUUUUGCACAGCUUUUUGUUCAAGAUAACUGCAGACAAAUGUUUCUUCUUCCAUCAAUGAGCUGCACUAUUCUACUGGCGAUUUGACCUUCAGAAAAUAACAGAUCUAGUUAUUCAAUGCCCUCCACCAACUGCUGUUUGGAGCUCUCCCCCAAGGUAAUGGAUGUGAUUCUGGACUCUUCACUGGCUUCUCCAGAACAGUCCAGCGUUUUCUUCUUGAACCAUUCCAGGGUGCUUCUAUGCGUUUUAGGGUUGUUGUCCUACUAGAAGACCCACAACCUUCAACAGAGAGACAUUGCACUCCAAAAUGCCCUGAUAAUCUACUCAUUGCAUGAUUAUUUUGUCUUGUUGGUGGGGGCGGGGGUCUUUGGUGUUUACCAACAAGCAAAACAAAGCAUGCAGAUAAAAUAACACCCUCCCUACAAUCAAAGGUGGUGGAGGUUUGGUAAUGCUGUUGGGUUGCUUUGCUGCUUCUGGUACUAGUGGUCUUGGAACACAUGCAAGAAAUGAAAUCAGCAGAUUAUGGGUUUCUGGAAUCCAAUGUUCAACCCAGUAUCCAAAAACUGGCUCUCCAUUAAAGGUUGUGGGUCUUCCAGCAGGACAAUGACCCCUAAACAGAGGUUCUGGCGUGCCCAGCUAAGAGUCCCCAAAUUGACAGUUGAAAAGGUGUGUCAAGCAUAUAUAUUUUUUGCUUCAAGAAGUGUUUGUCUGCGGUUAUCUUGGUCAAUAGGCUGUGCAACCAAGUACUAGCUCUGAGGUGCCAAUAAUUUUGUCGAUGACAUUUGUCUUUUAAGUUUACAAUUAGUAAUUUUAGAAAAUAAAGUUUACCAAAAAAUAAAAUUGGUUCUGCAAUGUUGAAGAUCUAAUAAGGUGUGGUGAUUAAACGUUUCUCAAAUUUGAACUUAUUUGAGAAAUGGCGGACUAAGAAAAGUACAUGCGCGUGUUGGUACAUACCGGUUACUGUCUACCAGCCGGGGACAGUUUCUAUACAGUAUGUUCAUGUAUUCUAUUCACCUUAUGAUUCCCCGCCCACUUGACCCAGCUCCUGGUCCAACAGGAUUGUUUGCCCAUUCACAAACAAAAACAUUGUUAAAUAUAAAUUACAUUUGUCAAAAAGAUUCCAUUUUUAUACAAGACCUGAAGGAGGAAAAAGUCACAAAUUGGAUUGUCCUCGUUGACACAGGCAUCAUAAGGUGAAUACUUAAACAGAAUGGGAUUCGUUUCUAUGUUCAUAGAUUCUAUAAUGUAACAGGUUUGUUUUAUACAUGAUGGGAUGUUAAGGUAAAGCCGGGGGUGAAAGUAGAUGGCAUUUCUUAUCGGUAGGGGUCAGCCAAGAGCACGCACGCAUUUUUAUAUUUGUACUGCUAAAAUGACAGGAGUAGCCUACUCUGCUGACACUGACGAACAGAUCAACAAAACCCGACGUCUGAUCCAUAUAAUUGGCCUACGAAAACGGGAGGCACAAAUACAAUGGAGGGGGGGAUAUUAUUGUCCAAAAACAAACACAAGUGGCACUGAUCCAAUGAUAAAGACUGAAUAUGCACACACCGGGGGGGACAUGGCCGAUGUUCUCUGCUGGUGCCAGGAAGAUAGGCUACUGUUCGUUCGAUUAAGUUAAGAAUUUUUAAAGCUAAAAUACAGAUUGGAGUCUUCCGACUGUAAUAUGUUUUACAGCAAUAUCCAUGUCCUUUCUAAACAGUUUUUCCGGAUUGUAAUCUUUAAAUAUUGCGAUAUGCAUGACCGGGUCUCUGCUUUUCACUGACAGUCGCAACGCAACCGUCAUCUAUUGGUAUUGCAGCAGCCGCUGCCCAAAUUGAGGCCCCUUCCGACUAGUUGAUGCGAUUUAAAACAAUCCACACGUUAAUAAAAUAAGCCACAUGAUG